GCACCGGGGGCCCGCCGGCUUCCGCCCUCCUGGGGCUUCGAGACGGCACCGGCGGAGCCGCCGCGCGGAGCUCCAGCCAUGGGCUCGGGGCGCGUGCCCGGGCUGUGCCUGCUCGUCCUACUGGUCCACGCCCGCGCCGCCCAGCACGGCAAAGCUGCGCAAGAUGUGGAUGAGUGUGUGGAGGGGACUGACAACUGCCACAUCGAUGCUAUCUGCCAGAACACCCCUCGGUCAUACAAGUGCAUCUGCAAGUCUGGCUACACGGGGGACGGCAAGCACUGCAAAGACGUGGAUGAGUGUGAGCGAGAGGACAACGCAGGCUGUGUGCACGACUGCGUCAACAUCCCCGGUAACUACCGAUGCACCUGCUACGAUGGAUUCCACCUGGCGCAUGAUGGACACAACUGUCUGGAUGUGGAUGAAUGCGCCGAGGGCAAUGGCGGCUGUCAGCAGAGCUGUGUCAACAUGAUGGGCAGCUAUGAGUGCCACUGCCGAGAAGGCUUCUUCCUCAGCGACAACCAGCACACCUGCAUCCAGAGGCCAGAAGAAGGAAUGAACUGCAUGAACAAGAACCAUGGCUGUGCCCACAUUUGCCGGGAGACCCCCAAAGGGGGUAUUGCCUGUGAAUGCCGCCCUGGCUUUGAGCUCACCAAGAACCAACGGGACUGUAAAUUGACGUGCAACUACGGUAACGGUGGUUGCCAGCACACAUGCGACGACACAGAGCAGGGUCCCCGCUGCGGCUGCCAUGUCAAGUUUGUGCUCCACACCGACGGGAAGACAUGCAUCGGGGAAAGGCGGCUAGAGCAGCACAUCCCCACUCAGGCCGUUUCUAAUGAGACCUGUGCUGUCAACAACGGGGGCUGCGACAGUAAGUGCCACGAUGCGGCGACCGGCGUCCACUGCAGCUGCCCUGUGGGCUUCAUGCUGCAGCCAGACAGGAAGACCUGCAAAGACAUAGACGAGUGCCGCCUCAACAAUGGGGGCUGUGAUCACAUUUGCCGCAACACAGUGGGCAGCUUUGAAUGCAGCUGCAAGAAAGGCUAUAAGCUUCUCAUCAAUGAGAGGAACUGCCAGGAUAUAGACGAGUGCUCCUUCGACCGAACCUGUGACCACAUGUGUGUCAACACACCAGGAAGCUUCCAGUGCCUCUGCCAUCGUGGCUACCUGCUGUAUGGUGUCACCCACUGUGGAGAUGUGGAUGAGUGCAGCAUCAACCGCGGAGGCUGCCGCUUUGGCUGUAUCAACACUCCUGGCAGCUACCAGUGUACCUGCCCGGCAGGGCAGGGCCGGCUGCACUGGAACGGCAAGGACUGCACAGAGCCAGCGAAGUGUCAAGGCAGCCCUGGCGCCUCAAAAGCCAUGCUCAGCUGCAACCGGUCUGGCAAGAAGGACACCUGUGCCCUGACCUGCCCCUCCCGGGCCCGGUUUUUGCCAGAGUCCGAGAAUGGCUUCACGGUGAGCUGUGGCACCCCCAGCCCGAGGGCUGCUGCCGCCCGAGCCAGCCACCCUGGGAACAGCACCAGCUCCAGCCACUGCCAUGAGGCUGCAGUGCUGUUGGUUAAACAGCGGGCCUCCUUCAAGGUCAAGGAUGCCAAGUGUCGUCUGCACCUGAGGAACAAAGGCAAACUGGAAGAGGCCAGCAGAUCCCCAGGGCCAGGUGCUGCCCCCUGCUCUGACUGCCAGGUCACCUUCAUCCACCUCAAGUGUGACUCCUCUCGGAAGGGCAAGGGCCGGCGGGCCCGGACCCCUCCAGGCAAGGAGGUCACCCGGCUUUCCCUGGAACUGGAAGCAGAGGUCAGAGCUGAAGAAACCACAGCGGGUUGCGGGCUGCCCUGCCUGCGACAGCGGAUGGAACGGCGACUCAAAGGGUCCCUGAAGAUGCUCAGAAAGUCCAUCAACCAGGACCGCUUCCUGCUGCGCCUGGCUGGCCUUGACUAUGAGCUGGCCCACAAGCCGGGCCUGGGAGCUGGGGAGCGAGCGGAACUGGUGGAGGUCUGCAGGCCCGGGCAGCACCGUGCUGGGGCCAAGUGUGUCAGCUGCCCGCAGGGAACGUAUUACCACGGCCAGACGGAGCAGUGUGUGCCAUGCCCAGCGGGCACCUUCCAGGAGAGAGAAGGGCAGCUCUCCUGCGACCUUUGCCCUGGGAGUGAUGCCCAAGGGCCUCUUGGAGCCACCAACAUCACCACGUGUGCAGGUCAGUGCCCACCUGGUCAGCACUCUGUGGAUGGGUUUAAGCCCUGCCAGCCGUGCCCACGUGGCACCUACCAACCCGAAGCAGGACGGACCCUGUGCUUCCCGUGUGGUGGGGGCCUCACUACCAAGCACGAAGGGGCCAUCUCCUUCCAAGACUGUGACACCAAAGUCCAGUGCUCCCCAGGGCACUACUACAACACCAGCAUCCAUCGCUGUAUCCGCUGUGCCAUGGGCUCCUACCAGCCUGACUUCCGUCAGAACUUCUGCACCCGCUGUCCAGGAAACACAAGCACUGACUUUGAUGGCUCCACCAGUGUGGCCCAGUGCAAGAACCGUCAGUGUGGUGGGGAGCUAGGUGAGUUCACUGGCUAUAUUGAGUCCCCCAACUACCCGGGCAACUACCCAGCCGGAGUGGAGUGCAUCUGGAACAUCAACCCCCCACCCAAGCGCAAGAUCCUUAUCGUGGUGCCCGAGAUCUUCCUGCCGUCUGAGGAUGAGUGUGGGGACGUCCUCGUCAUGAGAAAGAACUCCUCCCCAUCCUCCAUUACCACUUACGAGACCUGCCAGACCUAUGAGCGCCCGAUCGCUUUCACGGCCCGAUCCAGGAAGCUCUGGAUUAACUUCAAGACGAGCGAGGCCAACAGCGCCCGAGGCUUCCAGAUUCCCUACGUGACCUAUGAUGAGGACUAUGAGCAACUGGUAGAAGACAUUGUGCGGGACGGCCGCCUCUAUGCCUCCGAAAACCACCAGGAGAUCUUAAAGGACAAGAAGCUCAUCAAGGCCUUCUUUGAGGUGCUGGCCCACCCCCAGAACUAUUUCAAGUAUACAGAGAAACACAAGGAAAUGCUACCAAAGUCCUUCAUCAAGCUGCUGCGCUCCAAAGUGUCCAGCUUCCUGAGGCCCUACAAAUAGUGCCCACGUGCUCGGAGACCCAGCUUCCAGAGCCCUCAGACGCCUCAGUCCUCAGAGCGGGCAGCCGCUACCCUCAGACAAGGAAUGAGUCCUCUUUUUCUUUCCGGAGGAAAAAUAUCACUACACAGACCAGGCACUCUCUUUUUCUGUCUUUCUAGUUUCCUUGUCUGUGUGUGUGUGUGUGUGUGUGUGUGUGUGUGUGUGUGUCUCUGUGUGUGUGUGUGUGUCUCUCUCUCUCUCUCUCUUUCUGUCUCUCUCUACCUCUUUCCUAUGUGCUUCCUAGAAAAGCCAUUCUGUGCUGGCUCUACUCCCCUGAGGGGCGAAGGGACAGUACUGCCCUCUCCCCUGCCCAUCUCACCAGCUCACACUGCUGCCCUGUCAGUUUGAAAGGGUACUUGAGGCCCACAUAGGAAGUGGGUCCACCAGGGAAUGGGGAAGGGGAGGAGGGGCUUCUGCCAUUAUAGGGUUGUGCCUUGCUAGUGAGGAGCCAAAAGGUCCCCUGGCUGUGCUCCCCAGGGAGACUCUUAACAGUGCGGGGUUCUGCCAAAGAAGCUUUUGACUUACAGGCUUAAUGCCAGCACUGGUCUGCUGAGGCACAUGGUUUGAGCCUGGGCAGCCCACCCUGCUGGCUUUCUUGUCUAUAUAGCUCCUCUCUUUCUUCCCCUACACGUCUGCCUAGGGUAGACUCCAUGAGGGUUUACAGAUGGCCCACGCCACUGGGCUAGCGGACACCGCUGAAUGAGGAGCAAGCAUCACAGGCUUCGCUGUGGCUCCCUGAAAGACUACAGCUCUGCAGGACAGAAAACAGGUUUUAAAGCAUUGCUAAAAAAGCAAAGGUAUCGUCUAAAGGACUAAAUUACAGAACAAUUGGUAGCCAGCCUCAAACACUAAUCCCUUUUCUUGUCUCCCCUGGCCCAGCCAUGCCCUCACCCCACUCCAGAGCUCCCUGGGGGAGCCCUACUCCUCUUGCUAAGAAACCUGGCUAUUGACCAUAGCCAGCCUGGGCCUCGGCCCACAGUCAUCCUUCCCUUGUCACCCUAGGUGGCUUGUGGGUGCCACCAAAGAGGACCCUGCUCUGCAGCCAGCCUGGAGCCACCUACCUCUGGCCUCAGGCUGUGGGCAGCAAGAGGAAUGUGUGCACUUGGCGAGCCUCCUGCCCACCCUGUCCACAUCUAAUAAGUGCAAUCAUUUUGAGUCUUUCUAUGUUGUCUAGAGGGAGGGGUUUUUGUUUUUGUUUCCUUUUUCUCUAUUAGAACAACCCUAUUUAUAGCUGCCCAAGAGAGAAGAGUGUAUGUAUAGAGGGAAAGAAUAUCAGUUCUGAAUCUCAUGAACCCUGAGUGCUGGAGCAUCUGAUCUGUCUCUUUCAUCUGUGGCCACUCAGACCUGUAGGGCCCUUGGCUGGGCCAACCCAGGGCUAUGGCUCAGAGGCACCUGACGUGUAGGACAGUGAUUUGGGGGACUGUGUGGAACAGAAAGGAGAGGGACGUGUUUGCUAAACAAUCCUGCUGUUGCUAUGCCUCUCUGUGGAUUCAGUAUGAACCUCAUGACUACAGAGGCUCAUGAACCUGAUCAGUGAGUCUCCUCUCCAGGAAGGGAAAACCUCCAUCUUUUUUCCCUGUCUUCAUCAUGUUUUCCCCGUGUGCACAUGGAAGAGGUCUGGGGCAGACCCUUGGUGAUAGGCUGAUUCAAGCUCCUGAGGCCACGGCAAGGCUGCAGGAGCCAAGAGUGGGAUAGCUGCCCAGGCACGAAGCUGGUGAAGCGACCAAAUGUUUGCCUGACCUUGGCCAUUUCCCUCUUACAGUUAGCUUCACACCUGCCUCAACUACUGUUUUUCAGAAGGAAGAAGAAUCAAGUUGAAGCCUAAAUCCUACAUAUACUCCACCCUAAUCUAGUUGCUGCCUAUAAAAUUCUUGUCCAUUUGCUCCUUCUACUUCCGUGGAGCUGUAGUCCUAUUUAAAGGCUACCAGCUGACUCCUCGGGUCCAGUUCUAGGGGACUCUCCCAGACUACUGUUCCCCCAGGAGAUUCAACACUAAAUAAAGGAACUUGGGAUCACCUCUGGCCUCAGGCCACCACAGCAGCCUUGGUCAGUAACAUUCACCAGCCAAAACAAGCCUUAGCAGUGGGAAGAAGAUGGCACAGCUAGAUCCCCUGACAUCUGAGGAUGGAGGGUCUGCUACCUUUGUCUCUCUUGGUCAAAGAGGGCCUCCAUAAAGAUGUUAAAUGGCUGCAUCCAAGCAAAGAAACGGUCCCUUCGUAGGAACCUUUGCACUUGCCAGAAGUGCCGUGAAAACUGCUUGCAUCAACUUUGACCAUCGUAAUUCCUUACCAGAAGUUAGGAUAACUUUCUGAUUUUUCUCUUCCAUUUUGCAUCUUUCCUGGGAGCCCAAAUGGGGGUGCCUCUCAAGUCAUGCCUUUCAGGGUCUGGCUUCUUGCUGCCUUCCUUUCCUGGUACACUAAACAUAGAUACACUUCCUCCAGUUGCUUAUUUCAUGGCUUGUGGGGCCUGCAAAUGAAUUUCACAGUAUGGAACCUGUAGACUGCUAGGUUUUUUAAACUAACAUCAAGUCAGGUCUUGGUGAGCAGGUGAAGAUCUGCUACUGUCCACCACAUUUAAAGUCAUCCAAGUUAGGGAUUAAGAAUCUAGGCAGAGCUGCUGACUCUAAAGAGGAAACACCUGGGGCAUCACACUAGUGGUUACAUGGACAGAACAGAGUCAAUACUCAGGGACUCUCCAGGGAUGUACAGGUCAGACAAGAGUUUUUAACCAGUGGAGGGAAAUGGGAAGAUAUAUAUAGGAAUCCUUCAUGAACUGACCCAGAAGCCUCCCUGCAGAAUUGGGUGUUUGUGGAGCCACAGAACUGCGAGCCCUCAUCAUUUUAGUACCAAACCUGCCCUGAUCUGAGUCUGGGAAUGGGAAACCAUUUCCUCAAGUGCUCCAAACACCAAGGGAUGCAUAUCAGAAAGGCACUUACGUCCUGAUCAGCACUGCAACUCUUUACUUCUCUUUCUGUAUCAUCAGACCAGGCCCAUCCCUAAAUCUGAGGGAAUUCUCAGAGUCAGGAGAAAACUGACCACAGCCUGGACUUGAGCAGCCCACCCUAGGUCUAGAAAUCCCCCAAAAGCUCAUCACUGAGCUCUGUCUGCUCUGACUUGGCCAGUAUGAUGCUGUGGAGACUAGGAUCUGUGCCUAAAGGUCAAUAUCUAGUCCUGGUCUUUGGCCCCAGUGAAACUUUUUAUGUCCCAGAAGUGUUCUCGUCGUUUCACGACGCAUGUUUGAGGUGACUCUGGAAUGGAUUAGGAAAUCACAUCUCAAUGUCACAGCAUGUUACAGAGCCUUCAGAUGUUUGUUUUUGCUGCUUUACCUCAAUAUGACAGCCUCAAACUAGGGAGAUAGAAACAAUGUAUAACUGGCUAUCUGCAGAAAAUACUUUCCUGUUUCUUUCUUAAGCACAGCAGGAGAAAAGUGGAAACAAAGGCCGAGGGUUUCUUUCAAUUUGGCCUGUUUCAAAGGUAGCACACCUUGUCCCUGGGCCAUUAUUUGGACUAGGAAUUCCUCAAGAAAAUACGGUGAUUAGAGUGAAAUAGACCCCCCAGUACUCUUACCAGCUUAUCUAGGUAACACAGACUGUAGCAGUUUAGACAAAUUAAAAACUUUGUUCUUCUGUGUGAGUUGAACUGAAGUUUCAGAGCAUAAUAUCACCAUGUGGGAGGCUGUUUUUUUUU